UAGGAGUAUUUUUUUUAUUCGGGGAGACCCUUCUUCGUCAGCAAGUCGGGAGUAGUGGUAACUGGUAAGGUGUUAAAAUCAAAUCUGGAUUCGCGCGAAGCUUUAGGAAUCAAAACCCUGCUACUAGCCUCUUCCAUUUUCUUAACUUUAAUGAAAUAAGCCUCUUGAAAACAGAUGAAAUUUCAACAUCUAAGAGCAAGUGAGCACCAAAAUGUUAAGAUCACUCCCAUUCCUACGUUGCCAAGCUACAACUACAAAAACCCCCUUAUUUUCCUUACAAAUUCUUCAAUUUCACUCGACUAAUCUCGAUUCCCCUAACCCUAACUCGAAUCCCCACACUUCCACCACCAUUUCCACAGACUUGCUCAACUAUUCGCGGUCCGGGUUUCGUAAAGUUGAUGAUGCACUUGUUAUGUUCGAUGAAAUGCUCAAACUAAAACCUGCCCUUCCUGUGAUUAACUUUAACCAGCUCUUAUCGGGUCUCGUUAAAAUCAAACAAUAUGCCCUUGCUGUUUCCCUGUUUACGGAUAUGUGUUAUUUACGAGUGCCUGUCAAUUUGAUCACGUUCAGCAUUGCGAUGAACUGUUGUUGUUAUUGUGGGAGAAUUGAUUAUGCGUUCUCACUGUUGGCUGGCAUUAUAAAACGCGGGUUUGUGCCUGAUGCGUUUGUGUUUAAUGUUAUUAUUAGGGGGGUUCUUUCGCAAGGGAAGGUGAAGGAGGCUGAGGGGAUGUUUAGGAAGCUUGUUAGGUUGAGGGAAAUUCAGCCGGAUGUUGUUACUUUUACGACUAUGAUUAACGGUAUGGCUAAGACAGGAAAUGCUAGUAUGGCGCUUUGGUUGUUUAGUUAUAUGGAGGAGAAUGGUUGUGAGCCUAAUUCGGUUACUUAUGCGACGGUUAUUGAUUCGUUGUGCAAGCGGGGUCUUGUUGAUGAGGCUUUGAAACUUCAUUCGAAAAUGGUGCAGAAGGGCAUACUGCCGGAUAUUUACACAUAUACUCCGAUUAUUCAGGGUCUGUGUAAGGCGGAUAAACAGGAAGAAGCUGCUCAACUUUUGAAGAAUAUGAUUGAUGACAUGAACAUUUCUCCAAAUGCCUGGGUUUUUAAUAUAUUAGUCGAUGCCUAUUCCAAGGCUGGGAAGUUGGAAGAUGUAAAGCGGACAAUUCAGAUCAUGGAAAAAAGAGGAAUAUAUCCUGAUAUAAUCACCUAUAAUUCACUUCUGGAAGCGUAUUGUUUACAAGGGCAAAUUGAUGAUGCAUUUGCUGUGCUAAAAACCAUGGCUUCUAAGAAGAUAAUACCCGAUUGUAUUACAUAUAACAUUUUGUUACACGGGCUUUGUCAGGUUGGCAGACCUGUAGAAGCACUAACCUUUUUUUACAAGGUUCGAGGUCAAGGCCACAUGGUGGAUUCUGUAGCAUACAAAACUUUGUUGGAUGGUCUUUUCAAGAAUCAGGAUGCUGAUAGAGCACUGUCUUUCUUUCAUGUGAUGAAGUGCAAUGGUGAAGUUCUUAAUAAGGACACUUACAAUAUCGUCAUUCGUGGAUGUAUUCGGAAUAAGAAGUAUAAUGAAGCAUGUGGACUAAUAGACAAAAUGGUUGAUUGCGGCAUCUCAGCAGAUGCUUCUACGAUCUCUUUAUUACAGAUUCUGCUCUCAGUAGAAUCACAGGAUCCAACUCUCAUUGCACUGCAUCAGAAGUGCAUGCAAUCAGGCAAGUAUCAGGAAAAACAUGGUGCACCCAUCUCUGAAACUGUCGACAGUCUUUGUCCAGCUCAAAAUUUUGCAUCAUCUGAUGAUCUUCUCUCCGGGGAAUUUUCUAGGCAGGAUAGAAUGAUUAGAAUCACAUCUAUGAAGGUUGAGGAAGCCAUGCCAGAAAUGCCCAAAGUGACUCUUGCUGAUAUUGACAGUGAUGCUAAUGGUGACACCAGCCAAGAAAUAGGUGUUUGAGGUGUUGAUCGAGAUGCAUAAGGUUUUGAUGGGGUAGACUGAUGAUGACCGAGAUGCAAAAGGUUUUUGACAGGUGUUAAUCGAGAUGCAGAAUGUUUUUCACAAAGAAACACAAAAGUAUUAAAAUCAUCCACCUGUGGACUUGUAUGAUCAGUUACUCCACUAUGAAGAAACCUGAUCAUGAAAAGAAGCAAAAUGUGCUGCUGCUGGUAAAGUAUGUCCCGACUAUUUGGGUUUGUCACUUGUAGUGGGAAAAAAGCUCAGCUUAUGCAUCAUAACAAAAACUUAGCUGUUCUCAAACUCAUCUUGGGGGAAUUCAAAGGCUCGAUUGCCUUUCUAACAGGUUCCGGAGAAAUUGGCCAAGAGCUCCGAGUUCUUAGAGUUGUACCUGUCUCCAACCUUCAUAUUGUAAUCACAUUUUUUGAUCGUAGCAGAUGUUAGUAGAACAGCAUAUCUGAUUUAAAAUGAAUACUUAAUUUUUGUGCAGCCUACAAGAAAGAAGCACAACCUGGUCGUACUGAGGCAAAUAAAAAUAUUGUUAUUUUAUCGAGA